GGGGAGGUGUCCCGCAGCCAGAGUUGGCUCCAGGAGGGAGGGGAGCCCCGGGACUGCUGCCAGGGCUAGCUGCGGAGCCGGGCUGCGCUGGGUGGCAGCGCGUCUGUCAAUCAGCCUGACUUCACUCCCGCACGCCCUGUGUUCUCUGGUGCUGCGCUCCAGCCGCCUCCUGGUGUCUCUGCUUCGCUGCGAGCCCGCAGAGCGGCCGCCGCUGCUGCUGGGUGCAUGCACCAGGGGACCGGAGCGGGGCUGGGGCGUCCCCGCCGCGUUCCGGGCGGCGGUGCGGAGGACCGGGCGGCGCCGGGCUGCCCUCAGAUGGUUUUGGGUAGCGGCGGGGAACUUUAACGCUGGCUCCGAGUGUUGGGCUCGGUCUGCGGUUCAGCUGCAAUGGAUCCUCCCGCGGCGAUCGCCUGUCUGCUGCUCUGCUGUGCGCUCUUCCUGCCCGCGAGCGCCCUGCAGAGCUCCAGGGAGAGAGAUCCUAUUUUGAGGAAUAUAGAGGAAUACAGACUUGUCGUUCCAAUCAGCACAGAUUCAGAGGGCAGGUUCCUAUCUAAUCUGGUGUCUGGACCUCCAAGGGGGCGCUUCCGAAGAGAUGCUGGGGAUUUGCAACAUGAAGCUUCAAAUGAGCAAAUAUUUUAUAAUGUCACUGUUUUUGGAAGAGAGUUUCACUUCAGGCUGAGACUGAACUCUAGGCUGGUUGCCCCUGGAGCAACAAUUGAAUGGCAAGAGGAUUCUAAUGUGACUCAUAUUGAACCACUCCAUGGGAAUUGCCUAUAUGUUGGGGAUAUCACUGAUUUGCCUAACGCUUCAGUUGCUAUAAGCAACUGUGAUGGGCUGGCUGGCAUGAUUCGCACAGACAAGGACGAGUUCUUCAUUGAACCUCAGGAGAAGGGCAGUCAGGAGGAAGAUGGAGGCAGGACACAUGUGGUAUAUCGCAGAACAGCUGUCAAGAAGCCACUUCCCACUGAGAACAGAGAUAUCCAGUAUAAAGCAGCUGACCUGAGUAAUCUGGAUAACUUUGUCAGUAUGCUGAGCCUCAUUGAAGACCAUGUAAACAGCUCAAGAAAGAGGUAUCGGAGGCAUGCGACUGAUGAUGACUACAACAUUGAAGUUCUCCUGGGAGUUGAUGACUCAGUUGUGCAGUUCCAUGGAAAAGAACAUGUACAGAAGUACCUUCUGACCCUGAUGAAUAUCGUGAAUGAAAUCUACCAUGACGAGUCCUUAGGUGCCCACAUUAAUGUUGUUUUGGUGAGGAUAAUCAUGCUGAGCUAUGGGAAAUCCAUGAGCUUAAUAGAGAUUGGGAACCCUUCCCAGAGUUUGGAGAAUGUGUGUCGCUGGGCCUAUCUACAACAGAAGCCUGACACUGCACAUGCAGAAUAUCAUGACCAUGCUAUUUUUCUCACAAGGCAGGAUUUUGGCCCAUCUGGCAUGCAAGGCUAUGCUCCAGUUACUGGAAUGUGUCAUCCUGUACGAAGUUGCACCCUCAACCAUGAAGAUGGUUUUUCCUCUGCAUUUGUGGUGGCCCAUGAAACUGGGCAUGUAUUAGGCAUGGAGCAUGAUGGCCAGGGCAACAGGUGUGGGGAUGAGGUCCGAAUGGGGAGCAUCAUGGCCCCCCUUGUCCAGGCUGCGUUCCAUCGUUUCCACUGGUCUCGCUGUAGCCAACAAGAGCUGAACAGAUAUCUACAUUCCUAUGAUUGUCUGCGUGAUGAUCCGUUUGAACAUGAUUGGCCUCCCCUUCCCCAGCUGCCAGGAAUUCACUACUCCAUGAAUGAGCAGUGCCGUUUCGAUUUUGGUUUGGGCUACAUGAUGUGCACAGCUUUCCGUACGUUUGAUCCCUGCAAGCAGUUGUGGUGUAGCCAUCCCGAUAACCCUUACUUCUGCAAAACAAAGAAGGGACCACCACUGGAUGGGACUAUGUGCGCGCCUGGAAAGCACUGCUUUAAAGGUCACUGCAUCUGGUUAACUCCAGAUAUCUUGAAACAGGACGGAAAUUGGGGAGCAUGGAGUAAGUUUGGCUCCUGUUCUCGAACGUGCGGUACAGGGGUAAAAUACAGGACACGGCAAUGUGACAAUCCACACCCAGCUAAUGGAGGCCGUACAUGCAUAGGGCCAACCUAUGAGUUCCAGCUUUGCAACACUCAAGAUUGUCCCAAGGAGUUUGAUGAUUUCAGAGAGGAGCAGUGUAGACAAUGGGAUCCUUACUUUGAAUAUCAGAAUAUGAAACACCACUGGCUCCCAUAUGAGCAUCUCGAUGCUAAAGAAAGGUGCCACCUAUACUGUGAAUCCAAGGAGACUGGUGACGUAGUUUAUAUGAAACGAAUGGUACACGAUGGAACCCGCUGCUCAUAUAAAGAUUUUUAUAGCAUCUGUGUGCGAGGGGAUUGUUUGAAAGUUGGAUGUGACAGGGUAAUAGGUUCCUCGAAGCAAGAGGAUAAGUGUGGUGUCUGUGGUGGAGAUAACUCCCACUGCAAGGUGGUGAAAGGAACGUUCUCCAGGGCACCGAAGAAACCAGGGUACAUUAAGAUGUUUGAAAUUCCUGCUGGUGCAAGGCACUUGCUUGUACAAGAAACAGAUGCCACCAUUCAUAAUCUUGCAAUUAAGAAUCGAGAAACAGGGAAAUUCGUUUUAAAUGAAGACAACUAUGUACCAGAUUCUAAAGUAUUUGUUGACAUGGGUGUGGAAUGGGAAUACCGGAAUGAUGACGAUAGAGAAACAGUGCAGACCAUGGGGCCUUUGAGCAAUGGAAUAGUCAUUCUGGUGAUUCCUCAUGGCGGUGCCAAGAUUUCUUUGACUUACAAAUACAUGAUCCAUGAAGACUCCUUAAAUGUAGAUAACAACAAUGUUUUGGAAGAUGAUUCAGUAACACAUGAAUGGGCUCUGAAAAAAUGGUCCCAGUGUUCAAAACCCUGUGGAGGAGGUUAUCAGUUUACGAAAUAUGGUUGCCGGAGGAAGACAGACCACAAGAUGGUUCAUCGGAGAUACUGCGAGACGAUCCAAAAGCCAAAGCCUAUUCGCAGAGUGUGCAAUCUGCAGGAAUGUUCCCAACCAAUAUGGGUUACAGGAGAUUGGGAGCCCUGCAGCAAAAGCUGUGGAAAAACAGGAUAUCAAGUACGUUCUGUACGAUGUAUCCAACCCCUGCAUGACAAUACAAAUCGUUCUGUUCAUACCAAAUAUUGCAACAAUGAUCGUCCAGAAGGCCGAAGGUCUUGCAAUCGAGAACUUUGUCCUGCACAGUGGAGGAUAGGACCCUGGUCACAGUGCUCUGUAACUUGUGGUAACGGCACACAGGAACGGCAGGUUUUGUGCAGGACGAGAGACAAUGCUAGUGGCUAUUGUACAGAAGACAAACCGGAAACAAUGAGGAUCUGCAGACUAUCUCUAUGCCCCAGAAAUGUUUCUGAUCCAUCAAAGAAAACCUACAUGAUACAAUGGCUGUCAAGACCAGAUGGAGAUUAUCCCAUCCAGAAAAUAUCUUCAAGGGAACGUUGCCAAGGAGACAAGUCCAUGUUUUGUCGCAUGGAAGUUCUCUCUCGUUACUGUUCAAUUCCUGGUUACAAUAAGCUGUGUUGCAAGUCCUGUAAUAUGUAUAACAACAUAACAGAGGAUAAUAAUGUAACUGAUUCUAACCUAAAUAAGAACAACAUUGAGGAGAAUCUCCUGCCUACUCUCACUCCUCCAACUGGGGUGGUUGUCAUGCAGGCUACCGCUGGUCCUCCUCUGGUUUCCAACUCAAACGUCACCCAUUCCAAUGCAACUGAGGACCACCCAGAAAUUAAUGCGGUAGACGUGCCAUAUAAAAUCGAUGGGCUGGACAACGAAGUACCACAGCACAACCUCAUCCCACGGAGGAGGCUGCAUUACGAAAGGACAAAGAACCAAAGAAUUCAGGAGCUGAUUGCUGAGAAAAGAAAGAGGGAGACCAUUAGUAAGCUACAUUAAAAUGGAAAUACGGCACAGACGACAUUUUUCUCUCUUAUAGAGAUGUUACCACCACCAUCGUAAUGCCCAUGUCAUACAAACUAGAGAAAGAAAAAAGCGGUGCUAUGGCAGAAAUGCCAAAUUCUAAAGCCUAAAACAAACAGGAAUGUAAGACUGUUUCAUAACGCUCGUUGAAACGUUCUGAUGGCUAGGGUUCCAGGGUGCUAUAACGUACUAGUGCAAUAUCAGUACAGUAUUUCACUGAAUCCACACAAACCUAUUACCUAGCCCAGAUCAGCCGGUUUAUGGAUUUUGGGCUCUUUUCACUCCUCAAUGCCUUGCAUAACUCCUAGGGAAUGCUAAUGGGAGUUGCAUUCAACAGGGAGGAGAACAGAGUCUGUUACCUACACAUGCCUUUAAUAGUGAUAACCAGUUGAUCAAGAGAAGUAUUGCAUCAAACCAUACAAUAAAUUACUCCCAGAUUCAGGAUGGUAUUUAAGUACAUGCAUGACUUUAAACAUGUAAGUAGUCCCCCUUCCUUAAAUGGAACUAUUCUCAUGGCUACACUUACCUACCUUUCUUAACUGGAACCUUACAUUUGAGAUUCUUUGUACACCACAUAUUUAAUCUAAGUUCAGAACUGAUAACCAGUAGUUUGCAUGUUCCCAUAAAUAAUUUCAAAGCAUUUUUAUCUAUAAAAAUGAUUAACUAUUUGACUGGACCUAUACAAUUUAGACUGACAAUGUCCUAAUCUUUUGUUUGAGUAUCUUUAUUUCAUAGACUUUAAACUCCUGUUAUACAAUAUCCCCAAUGGUUUUAGUUGACAUUCUUUUCAGUCUACCUUUUAUCAACACUCUGUUUAACUUAAAAUGACUGGAGUCUCUUUUCCUUUCCUUUCCUUUCCUUUCCUUUGGUGCUUCAUGAAGAAAGUGUAAUUGUGUAUGUUAACAUUUUUCAUGGUACAAUGUUAUGUCAUUCUGAAGAAACA